AUUGACCUACCCUCGUAUACCAGCUCCCGUCUUAGCACAGGCAGAACACUAUCGAUGUUUCGAGAUACGCCGAUGCAGCGCCGAUGACGUGCAAGCGGUCACAUGGACAUAGCUGGAGAUAUAUAGAUAUUUCUGGAAUAUCUGUAUCGCAUAUAUAAAUAGGACAUAUUUGUAAAUAGAGUUAGUCUUAAGCUAAAGUUUGUAAAGUAAACUUGUAUAAAUAAAAAUAAAGUCGUAUAUAAAUUACGAACCGCUAGUUUUAUUGUAAUUAGAAGUAAUUACAGUAAAUAACCGCUACAGUGGUGUUAACGGUGUGGAGUGUAAAUAAAUGAAAAGUGAAAAAAAAAAGACUUUUGAACUUUAUUCGUCGAGAAUAAUCGGAGUGCGUUGAUUGUUCGGUAUUCGGAAAGACUUAGACAUUUUGAAAAGUACGUGUGUGCCGACCAAAGAUGUUGCUACAAGAACUGACCAUAAAACAGCUCCGUGAACAAUUAGAAGAGUACGAAUUAGACAGCAGUGGGUGCAAGAUAGUCCUACAAGCACGACUCAAGGAUGUCCUCACGAAGAACGGAGAUGACCCAGAGACGUUCCACUUCCAGUCAGCAGAGCAAGUAAUCUUAUCGAAAUUAAAAACUGUUUCUGAAACGAUCGAUGAAACUUCUAGAAAAAACAACGAAAAACUUGAAGAAGUUAGUAGAAAAAGCGACGAUAAAUUCGAAAAUGUUGCUAAAAGAUUUGACGAGACUUCUCAAGUAAUUAAAGAAGUUUGUAGACAGAGCAACGAGAAAUUUGAAAGUGUUUCUCAAGUAAUUAAAGACGUUUGUAGACAGAACGACGAGAAAUUUGAAGAGGUUUCUAGAACAUUCGAUAAGAUACAGAAAAGCGUAGACGACAGUAAAGAAAUGUUAGAAGAUAAGAUCAAACAACUAGAGACUAUGGUAACCAAUACGAAAGUGCUACCUUCAGUUAAUGCAGUAGUUUUGGCCGUAGAAGAGAAGAUCAAAGAAUUAGAGAGCAUGAUAACCGAUACAAAAGUACAACCAUCAGUUAAUGCAGUAGCUUUAGAUCUUGUAGUGAAGGAUGAAACACCGAGAGACGAAACAUCGCAUCAUAUGAGAUUUAAAUUACCACCAUUCGAUGGGAAGUCCUCUUGGUCCAUAUACCUUAGACAAUUCGAAGCUAUUGCGACCGCCAACCAUUGGACCGAACAAGAAAAGGCUGUUUCCUUGACUGCUGCUUUGCGAGGUGAUGCUGCAGAUAUAUUAAGAUCAAUUCCUAAGGGUCAAGAAAAAUGUUACCAGACCUUGUUCACUCGUCUAGAAAAACGCUAUGGAGAUGCCCAUCUACAACAAGUAUACAAAGCACAACUGCGAAGUAGAAGUCAACGAGCAAGUGAGAAUCUGCAAGAAUUUGAAGCAGAUGUGGCUCGUGUGGUGCGGUUGGCUUAUCCAGAGGUGCCAGACAGCGUUUUAGAAGAAAUUGCAGUAGAUACCUUCGUCAAUGGGCUGAAAGAUAAUGAACUACAGAAAGCUUUACGACUAGCAAGGCCGAAAGUUUUAGAUGAAGCACUUGCUAUUGCCUUGGAACACGAAGCAGCUAGCCAAGCUUCACGAAACAAUCGAGUAAUAACCGUGGAAAAAGGCGAUAAGAGAAAAGAUGAACGUUUGGUGGAAAUGGUACGGAGGGUGAUUCGUGACACGAUGCCGAAGAGACGCAUGAAGAGGGCUGGAAGAGUUGGUUCAAAUACAGAUGCUUCCUCGAUACGGCCAUGCAGUGAAAGUUAUAAUCACCGGCUUAAAGUAGAUGAACAGCUUUGCCCUGUGAGACGAACUACCGUCGUUAAUGAGCAAUGGCAGCCACAACAGUUACAAGAAGCCCAAGAAGACGAUCCAUGUAUAAAAAGAGUAUUGGAUUGGAUGCGUCGAGGUGAGAGACCCAGUUGGCAAAACAUUAGUGCAUGUAGUCCGGAAGUCAAGGCCUACUGGAGCCAAUGGAAUUGCCUGAUACUAAAAGAUGAUCUUCUGUACAGAACCUUUGAGAACGAUGAUGGUACAGAAUCUAAGCUUCAGUUGAUUGUACCUAAAAGUAAAGUGUCAGAAGUAUUGCGUCAGUUGCAUGACGGUACAUCAGGUGGACACUUUGGUAUUACGAAGACUCUGCAAAAGGUUCGAGAACGGUUCUAUUGGGUGAACUGUAAAGAUGAUGUAAGAAGAUGGUGCCAGAAAUGUGAACUGUGUGCAUCCGGUAAUGGUCCAGUUGGUAAAAAGAGAGCACCCAUGAGACAGUACAAUGUUGGCAGUCCUAUGGAAAGAGUAGCAAUCGACAUUGCAGGUCCAUUUCCAGAAACCGAUGCUGGAAAUAAAUACAUCCUGGUAGCCAUGGAUUAUUUUACGAAAUGGACCGAGGCCUAUGCAUUACCAAAUCAAGAAGCUGCUACCGUUGCAGAGGUACUUGUUAAAGAAUUCUUUAGCCGAUUUGGUGUUCCCUUGGAGAUCCACUCCGACCAAGGGCGAAACUUUGAGUCAGCUCUUUUCCAAAACGUUUGUAAAUUGAUUGGUGCCAAUAAGACCAGAACAACACCCCUGCAUCCUCAAUCAGAUGGGAUGGUCGAGAGGAUGAACCGAACGAUGGGUAAACACUUGUCCAAAGUUGUAUCUGAACAUCAGCGAGAUUGGGACCAACACAUUCAUUUAUUCCUGAUGGCCUACCGCUCGGCCGUAAAUGAAACUACAGGUCAAACACCAACCUGCCUGAUGUUGGGUCGUGAAGUUCGGUUGCCCUGCGACCUAGAGUUUGGCUGCGGACCUUCCGAGGAACAUGUUGCAGGCGAAGACUACGUUGACCGCCUGAAAUUACGAAUGAACAACAUUCAUGAACUUGCCCGACAACACAUCCAGAUAGCCAGUGACAGAAUGAAAGAUCAAUAUGAUUCUCGAUGCAAGAAUGAAAGCUUCGAAGUAGGUGAUCUUGUCUGGCUUUAUAAUCCGCAACGUCGUCGAGGCUUGUGUCCUAAACUGCAAAGACAAUGGGAAGGUCCGUAUGAAGUUAAGAAGAAAAUAAAUGACGUAAUAUAUAGAAUUAAGAAGUUGCCAAACGGUAAACCAAAAGUUAUUCACAUAAAUCGUCUUGCACCAUAUGCUGGCUCAAAUGAAACAGAAGAAGCACGAGUCCUCCAACAGGAGAUGAAAGAUGUCGCACAGCCAAGUUUUAAUCAAUUUAUGUCAAAUUACGCAGAAAGAAAGAGUGCUAGAUUCGGCGUGACCACAGAAGUUCAGCAAGAUCUGUUUGGUGUUCCAGAAAACGUCUCUCUAGCCCACUGUGUUGCACAAGACCUCGAGAUGACUAAAGGAAUCUCGUCCGUAUUCAAUAGAAAGUUCGGCCGCCUGGACGAGUUAAGGAAUCAACAACCUAAAAUUGGAAGAGUAUUGCGAUUGGAAGAUGGUCCUCGAUCUUUGCUGUAUAUAGUGACCAGGAAGUCUUAUACGGACACGCCAAGCUACGAGAACAUAUGGCGUGCUCUAACUAAUUUGAAGAAAAUGGUCUGUAAUUAUGACAUCAAAGAUUUGGCUUUACCAAAAAUUGGCCAUGCAGUAGAAAAUCUGGAUUGGAAGAUUGUGAGAAGCAUGCUGGAAGUGAUCUUCAGAGAAACUGGCGUACGGAUUACUGUGUGUUGCAUGAACCCGAAGAUGUCAUACCCUUCAAAGACAGUAGACUGUUACUUCUUUUCUAGGGGUGUAUGCAGAGCUGGAGAAUCCUGUAGAUUCCGCCAUCCUGGGCCAUCUAGAGUUGCUGAUCGGGACGCUCAGAUCUUAAGAGGGGAGCAGUGUAACAAAAUAAUUAUUGACCUACCCUCGUAUACCAGCUCCCGUCUUAGCACAGACAGAACACUAUCGAUGUUUCGAGAUACGCCGAUGCAGCGCCGAUGACGUGCAAGCGGUCACAUGGACAUAGCUGGAGAUAUAUAGAUAUUUCUGGAAUAUCUGUAUCGCAUAUAUAAAUAGGACAUAUUUGUAAAUAGAGUUAGUCUUAAGCUAAAGUUUGUAAAGUAAACUUGUAUAAAUAAAUAAUA